CCAGUGCGAUGGCAGAGCUGCGUAUUGAUGGUACAAACCUGCCCCGUAAUAUUGAGUGGAAAAAGAUUGCAGGGACAGAUUUCUCUUGGGCAGAGAUACCCUACAAACAAAACCCUGGCAACAAUAAACACACUGUGUCCAGCUCAGGUUCCCGCUUCGCUCUCUACAGUAUAGGAGUCAGCCAGAUGAAUGGAUAUGGUUCCCCAGGACAAUGUAUACAGCAAGGUAGUGGAUCUUUGUCCUGCAGCAGUAUUACCUGCAGUGCCAAUGAGGUGUGUGAAGUGAAGGGUGGGUAUCCCUCCUGUGUCCCCAAGGCAGUGGAAAAGAAGCCUGGUACCUGCUGGGCCAUGGGAGAUCCCCACUACCGCACCUUCGACGGGCGACACUACAACUUCAUGGGUACCUGCACGUACGUCAUUGCUAAAAACUGUGGAAAAGAUGAUAAUCUCCCUGCCUUUGAGGUCCUCGCCCAAAAUGAGAACAGAGGAAACAUCAGGGUGUCGUAUGUCGCCGUGGUCACAGUGAAGGUGUAUGGUGUUACCAUCACAGUAGUUCGGUCUGAGACAGGCCGUGUGAGGAUUGACAACAGUCUGUGGAGUUUGCCAGUAACCUUGAACAACGACAAACUGACUAUGUUUCAGAGCGGUCGCUCUGUGGUCAUUGAGACUGAUUUUGGCCUGACUGUCCGUUAUGACUGGGAACACUAUCUUGUGGUCUCUCUGUCUGGCAGUUACGCUGGUAAGACUUGUGGUCUCUGUGGCAACUUCAAUGACAACCCCAAUGAUGAUUUCACCACACCCUCUGGCACCCAGGCAGGUGGGGCUGUGGCCUUUGGGAGCAGCUGGAAGGUUCCAGGGCUGGUGGAAGGUGCUUUUUGCAGAGAUGACUGUGAGGGUGGGUGUGAACGCUGUGAACAUAGCCUAAUGAAGAUAUGGGAGGGUGACUUGUUUUGUGGGCUCAUCACAGUUAUAAUAAAUGGGCCAUUCAGCAAAUGUCAUGCCGUAAUUGACCCACAAACAUACCUGGAGAACUGUAAAUAUGAUGUAUGCAUGGGAGGCGGCCUCCGAUAUUUCCUCUGCAGGGCACUGGAGGCUUACACUGAAGCUUGCCAGCUUGCUGGGAUCGAAGUACAAGAUUGGAGGACGAUGGCACAAUGCCCAUCUAAAUGUCCCGCCAACAGCCACUAUGAGCACUGUGGCAAUGCCUGUCCUGUCACUUGUUCUGAUCCUAAUGCUCCCUCCAAAUGCAAACGCCCCUGUGUGCAGACCUGCACCUGUAACGCAGGCUUUGUUUUGAGCGGAGGUCAGUGUGUGCCUGCUGCCAAGUGUGGUUGUGUCUAUGAGGGUCGGAACAUCCCUGCUGGGGAGUCAUUCUGGGCUGACCAGGGCUGUCGGCGAAGGUGUGAAUGCGUUGCUGGGAGCAGACGUGUGGAGUGCCAGGAUAAAGGCUGUGGAGCGGGGCAGCAGUGCCAGGUGGUUGAGGGCAUAAGAAAGUGCCAGGCAGUCUCCCACAGCACCUGCCAGGCCACAGGUGACCCCCAUUAUGUGACCUUUGACAAGAUGAAGUUUGACUUCCAGGGCACAUGUGUGUACCAACUAGUUGCACUCUGCUCCAAGGACCCAGAGUUAGUACCCUUUGAAGUGCUGGUGCAGAAUGAUUACCGGGGCAGCAAGGUAGUCUCCUUCACCAAGUUAGUGGAGAUCAAGGUGUACUCCCUCAGCAUUGUCAUUACAAAGACCCACAAGGGCCUGAUUAUGGUGAAUAAUGAGCUGGUCAACCUGCCUGUCACACUGGAUGAAGGACUGGUAUCUGUGUAUAAGAGUGGCUGGUCCGCUGUGGUCACCACAAAGUUCGGCCUCAAAGUGUCCUUCAACUGGGAAAGCGCUGUGUACGUAACACUGCCAAGCAACUACAUGGGAGCCGUUUGUGGCCUCUGUGGCAACUACAACGGCAAAUCCCAGGAUGACCUGAUUCCAAAGAACGGUAACAAACCUGUCUCACCAGCAGAUUUUGGGGUCAGCUGGCGAGUUGCAGAGAUCCCAGGGUGUGUCGAUGGCUGCAAAGGAGUGUGUCCUGAUUGUGACAUUACCCAGAAGGUUCAAUAUGAAAAAGGAGAUUUCUGUGGUUUGUUGAGAGACCCCAAAGGGCCAUUCCGUGACUGCCAUGCCAAGGUGGACCCAGCUGGCUACUUUGAAGACUGUGUUUAUGAUGUAUGCUUGUAUAAGGGCAGAAAGGAUGUGCUGUGUCAGGCUAUUACAUCAUACACAUCUGCCUGCCAAGCUGUGGGGGCCAAGGUGUACAGCUGGAGAACCAGUCAGUUCUGUGCGGUGAAAUGUUCAGUCCACAGCCACUAUGAGGUUUGUGCAACCGGCUGUCCAGCCUCGUGCCAAAGUCUGAUCCCUCCUCAGGGAUGCCAAGCUCAGUGUGAGGAGAGCUGUUCCUGUGAUGAGGGGUACAUACUCAGCGGAGAUCACUGCGUUCCAUUUUCACAGUGCGGCUGCGUCUACAAUGGCCGCUACUACCGCAUGGGCCAAGUGUUUUAUCCCAAUGGGCAGUGUCAGGAGGAGUGCAAGUGCACACAAGAUGGAGAGGUUGAGUGCAAGAAGUUUACAUGUGGCCCUAAUGAGAAGUGUAAAGUGGAGAAUGGUGUCCAAAAAUGUCAGCCUGUUGGUAAGGGUGUGUGCCAUGCCUCUGGUGACCCCCAUUACCUCUCUUUUGAUGGGCAAAGAUUUGAUUUCCAGGGCACCUGCACCUACACACUCUCCAAGAGCUGUGGGUUGGAAGGCACCCACCUGGUGGCCUUUUCUGUUCAGGUGGAGAACGUGAGGUGGAACAUGAUGAUAAACAACAAAGUGGUGUCUGUCACCAAGCUGGUUGCUGUGGAGGUCUACGGCUACACUCUCAUCUUAAGGACCAACAUGUUUGGAGUCCUGGUGAAUGGAGUGUUUAACUACCUUCCUUUGAAUCUUAAUUCUGGAGCAGUGCUGGUCUAUCAAGAAGGCAUGCAUUAUGUUAUUGAAACAGAUUUUGGACUGCGUGUCACAUACGAUCUGGUCUAUCACGUGACAGUCACAGUACCGGGUAAUUAUCGCGAUAAGGUCUGUGGCCUGUGUGGCAACUUCAACGGUAACCAAAAAGAUGACUUCCAAAUGCCCAACCGUCAGCUCACCAACAAUGUGAAUGUGUUUGGAAAAUCGUGGAGGGUCACCAUCCCUAAUGUAGUGUGUGAGGAUGGCUGUGAAGGGAAUAACUGUCCUGUUUGUGAACCGGCUCGCAAGGCUGUGUUUUCAAAGUCCACUUACUGUGGCAUUGUUACAGCACCCAACGGUCCUUUUGCAGCCUGCCAUAGUAUACUGGACCCACAGCCGUAUUUUGCUGACUGUGUCUUUGAUGUAUGUGCUUCCAACGGCGAUGGGAAGGUGCUGUGUAACAGCGUAGCAGCCUAUACCUUCAACUGUCACAUGGCAGGAGUGGACGUGAAAAACUGGAGGACGGCUUCCUUCUGUCCAAUGAAAUGCCCAGCCAACAGUCACUAUGAGGUGUGUGCAGAUGCCUGCUCUGCAACCUGUGCAGGCCUCACAGAGAUUGUACAGUGCUCUAGCAGCUGUAUAGAAGGCUGUGAGUGUGAUGCUGGCUUUUUAUUCAACGGACAUGCGUGUGUUCAAGAGACUGGGUGUGGCUGCUAUGACAAUGGAAAAACGUACAAGCCUGGUGAAGUAGUGUAUGAGGAAGACUGUAACACAAAGUGCACCUGCAAUCCAGCGACAGGCCUAAACUGUGAAAAGCAUUCCUGCCCUGAAAGUACCAAAUGCAUGGUCAAGAAAGGAAUCAGGGCAUGCUACAACACAGAUCCCUGCAAAGAUGCCAAGUGCCGGGUCAAAGAGAAGUGCCACGUUGAGAAGGGUGAAGCUGUGUGCGUCCCCGAGUACACAGGCAUAUGCUGGGCCUGGGGUGACCCCCACUACCACACAUUUGAUGGUUACAACUUUAACUUCCAGGGCACCUGCAAGUAUGUCAUCUCCAAGACCUGCGGGAACCUGGAGGGUCUAGUGCCGUUCACAGUCACUGAGAAGAAUGAUAACCGGGGAAACACAGUAGUUUCUUACGUCAGGGAAGUGGAUGUGUCUGUGUAUGGGUACAACAUUACCAUCCGCAAGAACCAAGUUGGUCGAGUGAUGGUGGAUGGGGAGCUGUUAAAUCUUCCUGUACAAAUUGAUGAUGGUAAUGGUGAGGUUGAGGUGUCAGUGUUUCAGAGUGGUAACACUGCAGUGGUGGAGACAAAUUUUGGCCUGGUUGUCUCCUACGACUGGAACUGGGAGCUGGUCAUCAAACUGCCCAGCAGCUACUACGGCAGUGUCUGUGGUCUUUGUGGCAACUUCAACGGUAACUACCGCGAUGAGCUCCAAAAUCCAGCCGGAAUAGCUGUCUCCUCAGUGAUAGAGUGGGGCAAGAGCUGGCAAACGCCUGACCAGGACAAGGACCAUCCUUGCUGGGACACAUGUAAGGAAAACUGUCCUACCUGUGAUGAUAACCAGAGUAAGCUCUAUGAGACUGAGGCUUUCUGUGGGGGCCUUGUUGCUAAGACCAAUAAUGUGUUCAAGAUAUGUCAUGAAAAAUUGGACCCCCAGGCCUUCAUGGACAGCUGUGUGUAUGAUAUGUGUUUGAAUAAGGGAGACAAAAAGAUGCUGUGCCAGGCAUUGGCCUCCUACAGUCAGCAUUGUCGUGAGGAAGGAAUAAUAAUCAAGGACUGGAGGAAAACGUUUGGCUGCCCAAUGAGCUGUCAGCGUCACAGCCACUAUGAAGACUGUGCCAGCCCAUGCCAGCCAUCCUGCCCAUUCCCUGAGCAAAUUAAAACCUGCAACGGUGUCUGUGUGGAGACAUGUGUGUGUGAUCAGGGUUACGUCCUCAGCGCUGGUGUCUGUGUGCCUGCUAAAACAUGUGGUUGCUCCUAUCAGGGCCAUUACUACAAGCCAGGCCAGCACUUUUGGGCUGAUGAGGCUUGCGGUCGCCUGUGUGAGUGUGAUACGACCCUGGGCAUGGUGACAUGUCGCAAGGCUUCCUGCUCUGCCAAGGAGACGUGCACCUUAGUGGAUGGAGAGCGUGCCUGCCGACCCAUCAGUCAUGCCACAUGCACAGCCUCAGGUGACCCACACUACCGGAGUUUUGAUGGCUACAGGUACGACUUCCAGGGCACAUGUGUAUAUCAGCUGGUGGGACUGUGCUCGCAGCAGCCCGGACUAGUGCCUUUCAAGGUGACCGUGCAGAACGACCACCGGGGAAGCAAGGCCGUGUCCUACACAAGGACUGUCACCUUUUCCAUAUAUGACAUCACCCUCACCAUCAGCAGAGAAUACCCCUACAAGGUCCUGCUCAAUGGGCAGCUUGCUUCGUUACCACUGGAUUACAAUAAUGAGCUGGUCGUGUUUCUCAGCGGCUGGACAGCUGUAGUGGAAACAGUCGCUGGUAUCACCGUGACCUUUGACUGGCAGAGCACAGUGAGCGUUACUCUGCCCAGCAACUACCAGGGCGCAGUCUGCGGCCUGUGCGGCAACUACAAUGGAAAAGCUCAGGAUGACCUGACCAUGCGGAACGGCCAGACCGCCACAAAUGGAGCCACGCUGGGGGAGAGCUGGCAGGUGGCCCUCGUACCAGGCUGCUCAUCAGUCUGCCAGGGGGCAUGGUGCCAGGCCUGUUCAGACUCCGAGAGGAAAGAGUACCAAGCCCAGAAGUAUUGUGGUAUUAUUGCUGACAAAGCAGGGCCUUUCAGAGAUUGUCACGGACGUGUGGAUCCUGCUCCUUACCUGGAGGACUGUAUGUAUGACGCCUGUCAUUAUCAUGGUCACCAUGGAGCAGUGUGUGAUGCUGUGGGAGUCUAUGUCUCUGCCUGUCUGAGCCAAGGAAUCACCAUCCGCUCCUGGAGAACAGAUAGCUUUUGUCCAAUGGUGUGUCCAGCUAACAGCCAUUAUACCCUGUGUGCUGUGGGCUGCCCAGCCACCUGUGCCAGCUUAACUUCCCUUGCAACCUGCCAUAGGUCCUGUACAGAGGCCUGCGAGUGUGACGAAGGCUACCUGUUGAGUGGGGAUACCUGUGUGCCUGUGAGAGACUGUGGCUGCUCCUACGAUGGCCACUACUACAGGAAAGGAGACGUCUUCUACCCUGAAACAGAGUGUGUGGAGCAAUGCAUGUGUGGAGAGAAUGGCGCGGUGUCUUGUCAAAAGGCCAAGUGCCGUGCAGGGGAGACCUGUAAGCUUGUUAACGGAGUGAAAGGCUGCCACCCUGAGGGGCAGGGCAAGUGUGUUGCUUCUGGUGAUCCUCAUUACAUUUCCUUUGAUGGACGGAGGUUUGAUUUCCAGGGUACCUGUGUCUAUGUGUUGGCCAAGGUUUGCGAUGAUGACAAUGGCCAGCUGACUCCAUUCAGCGUAACUCAGGGCAAUGAGAAGUAUGGAAAUGGAAAAGUGGCUGUUACCAAGUCCGUUGCAGUGGCGGUCUACGGUUAUGUUGUUUACAUCCAGCAGAAAGUGCCAUGGAAAGUCAUUGUGGAUGAUGAACUUCUAAACCUUCCUCUCUUCCUGGACAACGGGCGUCUCAGAGUCACCCAGGAAGGUAGCAACAUAAUUGUCCGGACAGACUUUGGACUGACAGUCCUGUAUGACACUGUCUAUUAUGUUGAGGUGAUCGUGCCUUCUACAUACCAGGGAAAGAUGUGCGGUCUCUGCGGCAACUACAACAAGAACGGCGGCGAUGACUUUAUACUUCCCGACGGCAAAAACACGAACAGCGUCGACGACUUUGGGAAGGCGUGGGUGGUGGAACUGCCUGGCAAUGUUUGUGGGGGCUGUGGAGGCCAGUGUCCAGUAUGUGAGCAGGCCAAGGCCGCUUUGUACGGAAAAGCCGACUCCUGUGGCAUCAUAAGUGCACCUAAUGGACCUUUCAAAGCCUGCCACAGUAAAAUUGACCCAGUGGCAUUUGUGUCUCAUUGUGUGUUUGAUGUUUGUGCUGUGGGUGGUGACAAAGAUACUCUGUGUAACAGUAUCCAGGCCUAUGCUAUGGCCUGCCAGAGCGAAGGAGUGCAAAUCCAGCCAUGGAGGAGCAACUCAUUCUGUCCUGCUUCCUGCCCUGCACACAGUCACUAUGAGGUGUGUGCCGACACCUGUAGUGGGACCUGUGCCAGCUUUAUUUACCCAUUUACUUGCUCUGAAAGCUGUUUUGAAGGAUGCCAAUGUGAUGACGGCUUUGUUUUUGAUGGCAUCCAAUGCGUUCCCUUGGACAACUGUGGAUGUGUGCACAAUGGCAGAUAUCUGACGGUGGGCCAAGCAGUUGUGGACAAAGCCUGCGAGUCCAAGUGUGUGUGCCAGGCCUCUGGGCUGGUAAAGUGUGAAAAGCUUUCCUGUGCCAGUGGGGAGGUUUGUGGUGCAAAAGAUGGCGUCAGAGGUUGCCACGUCAAACGGGGCCAUUGCGGCGUCAGCCAAGUCGGCCACCUCACCUCCUUUGAUGGCAUGUCCGGAGCAAUAGGAGCGCAAGGGGCAUAUGAAGUGGCGUCUCUGUGCGACGAGACCGACAAGCUGUGGUUCCGUGUGGUUGUGGAUGUCAGGGUCUGCAGCAAAGGUGCAUCUUCCACUGUCGCCACUGUGUAUGUGUUCUUCAAGGAAACCACCAUCGCAGUGAACAGCCAACACGUGACCUGGGUAAAUGGCAGAAAAGUGUCUCUUCCCAGCAAAAUGACGAGUGAGAUAUCCGUCCAAAUCUCAGAGAAGACUGUGAUCAUCGAGAGGGCAUCUGCUGUGCGGGUCACUUACUCAAUUUCACAGGAGGUCACUGUCAUUAUUGACAGUAGCCUGUCCGGUAAAAUGUGCGGCGCCUGCGGCAACUACAAUAACGACUCCAAAGAUGACAUGAGGACUGCAGAUGGGAAAAUCACCACUGACGUGUCCGUGGUUGUUGGCUCCUGGAGCGCUGGGGACUUUUCUAAAUGUGGCCUGUAGAGAUGUUGGUUCUGCGGUGAUAGAAAGCAUCUGGUAUACAGGAUGAAGAAUGUGAAGACUUACUCAUCAUACUUCAAUGCUUCCUAUUGAUUCGUGGAAUUGUUUUUGUUGUUUACUGGCAGUCUGCUCUAUUGUUCACUUUGGAAUGGUAGAGAGAUGUAGCUCAUUAUUGGGCAACAUCUCCAUCUAGUGGAGGAGGAAAUUAUAGCAUCUCUUUUCCACAGAACAACCAAGAGCAAUACCUGUCUUAUU